AUGCUAUCUCGCCUACGCUGGCGGACAUUGUCCCCAACACUAGCAGCCCCGGCGCGACUCUUCAGCCAAACCCCCAUCAUCCCCGAGAAAGCCCUCCCCCCACGGCUCAAGAUCAACGAUGCCGACAUAUCAAUAUCCUACCUAAAAGGCACCGGGCCUGGCGGACAGAAGAUUAACAAAACCAACUCAGCCGUCCAGAUCAUCCACAAGCCCAGUGGGGUGGUAAUCAAAUGCCAAGCAACGCGCUCACAGGCUCAGAACGCGAAGAUUGCGCGCUCGCUGCUCGCUGAUAGAGUCGAGGCGCUGCAGAAAGGGGAUUCUAGUCGGGUUGCGAUCAAGGCUGCGGCGGCGAAGAAGAAGAAGGCUAGUAAAAUGAAGAAGACGAGGAGAAAGUAUCGGGAACUUGCGGAGGGAGAGAAGGAGGGGGAAGUCGGUGAGGAGGAAGAGGACGAGGUUGAGAUAAUAUGGGAUGAUGAGGUAAAGGAGGGAGAAAAUAAGGAGGCUGAAUCGAAAAUUGGAGGUGAGGCCAAACCUUCCGAAGAGUCUGGAAAGGGUGUGUGA